UCAACAGCAGCGAGCCCAAGAGAAAGGAAGGUCCACGCUCUGUCGCUGCGCAUCCCAGCGGAGCUCGAGGACAUGCAAGCGAUCCGCUGCCCACCCUCCCCUCUUCCUCACGGCAGCCCAUUGGCGCGCGAUGCACGCUUGUGUCCGACCCUACUGUUUUGGCGUCAGGUCUUAUCAGUGGAUCUCAAAGCCGCCGAAGCCUCCUGUCGCCUCGAACGGCAGCUCCUCGCAUUCCCGUCUUGUUUCUUUUCAUUCGGGUUCAUAUUCUUGGCGGUGCUGUCGCCUUCAUCAACCAGUCGCCGCUGUUCCAUGAACAUCGUUUGACUUCAGCCUCGUUGACCAGUGCAUAUCAAGCGUCAUGCCCGAACGUAACCUGAGCGUUGGGUCGACGCCCGCCCACCGACGCAAGAGCGUCAGAGAGGAGCCUGUUACGUCGAUUCUUCCUGGAGGCGACAUUCCGUACGAUCCCAACCACGAGUACGAUGCCGACGAGGAGGUUCUGGCCGCCCUUGGUUACAAGCCGGAGUUCAAGCGUGAAUUCAGCCUUUUCUCGACAUUUUGCGUCAGCUUUGCCGUGCUCGGCCUGCUGCCCUCGUUCGCAAGCACGCUGUACUAUGGCAUGGGCUAUGCUGGCACCGGAGGGAUGACAUGGGGUUGGAUCGUGGCCAUGGUUGGUGUUCAGUGCGUUGCCAUGAGUAUGGCCGAGCUCUGUUCUUCGAUGCCAACGAGCGGUGGUCUCUACUAUGCCGCCGCUGUCCUCGCACCACCGGGUUGGGGCCCACUCGCUGCGUGGAUCACUGGCUGGUCCAACUGGCUGGUCCAGAUCACGGGUGCUCCCUCUGUGAACUACGGAACCGCCGCCAUGAUCCUGGCAGCGGGCUCGAUUUACAAUCCUAACUACGUCCCGACCGAUUAUCAGACGUUUCUACUUGCAACACUCCUCAUGAUCAUCCAUGCUUUCAUGUCUUCGGCACCGACCAAGUCGAUCGCCCAGAUCAACUCCUUCGGCUCCACCUUCAACAUGAUUGCCCUCAUUGUGGUCGUCAUCAUCAUUCCCGCCGCCACGAACCGCGAAGCCCAGGGACUCCCAAAGUUCGCUCCAAGCAGCGAGGUUUGGAAGAUCCAGAACGGCACAGAUUGGCCGGAUGGCAUCGCAGUGCUCAUGUCCUUCAUUGCUGUCUUGUGGACCAUGAGUGGCUACGACGCCCCAUUCCACCUCGCGGAAGAGUGCUCCAAUGCCAACAUCGCCUCUCCACGCGCCAUCGUCAUGACUUCCUCAAUUGGCGGUAUUUUCGGUUGGUUCUUGCAGCUCGUCGUCGCGUAUACGGUGAUCAGCAUCGACGACGUGAUCAACUCCGACCUCGGUCAGCCCUUCGCUGCGUACCUGAACCAAGUCCUUCCGCAGAAGACGGCCAUGGCCGUGCUGGCCUUGACCAUCAUUGCCGGUUUCUUCAUGGGUCAGGGUUGCAUGAUCGCAGCGUCCCGAGUCACAUUCGCUUAUGCCCGCGACGGCUGCUUCCCGUUCUCCAAGUACUGGUCGCAUGUGAACACCAGAACAAAGACCCCAGUCAAUGCCGUCUGGGUCAACGCCACAAUUGGCAUCCUUCAGCUUCUGCUCAUAUUCGGCGGCAGUAUUACCAUCGGCGCGCUGUUCAGCGUUGGCGCUAUCGCUGCUGAAAUUGCAUUCUGCACCCCUAUCUUCAUUCGGGUCUUCCUGGUGGGCAAUCGCUUCCGCCCGGGCCCGUGGAACUUGGGCAGGUUCAGCAUCCCGAUUGGCGUCAUUGCUUCCGCCUUCGUCGCGCUCAUGAUCCCCAUUCUGAAUUUCCCUAGCGUCAGAGGCGGUGAUCUAACACCUGACGGUAUGAAUUGGACCGUGGUUGUCUACUUUGGACCCAUGUUCCUCGUCAUGUGCUGGUGGUUCAUCAGCGCCCGGAAGUGGUUCAAGGGACCCAAGGUCAACGUGGAACACCUGAUGCUGGGACAAGAUGGCAACGUGAUCGAAGGCGAGGGCAAGACCGUGGAUGGUGACAGCUCAUCGGAGAGCGCUCCUGUUGCUGGCAGCAAGGCCGCUGCGGUGGCGGAGGAGAGCGCGCUGGGCACGGAGAUUAUGAAGUCUUGAAGACAUUUGAGACACGUUCAAUCUGAAUGAUACCACAUCUAAUAUGGGCAAAACGUACGGAUUUGCAUGACCACUGAGUAGUAAUUUAUGUCUCGC